AUGUCACUUUGCUCCGGACCCCAAACCCUUGUCAAGCUGCGGCCCCUCACCUCGGUGCUCAUCCACAUUCCACGGCCAGUGCGCCCAUCACGAUUCCAACGUAAUCCCUGUCAUCCACAGGGGAAAUCCAACCUGUUCCCUGGCGCAACUGCCAAAACGUGCUUCCUUCAUGGCCCUCUUCAAGUCUUCAUCACGAUGACAGGGUCAGCAGAGGACAGAGUUGAAAAAAUUCGAGAAGCAGGAGCGAUUGGGGCCAAAGGUGUUGAGGUACCGAAGAGGUACCGGAAAAGAGGCCGUGUUCUGCUUUUCGAGGAUUUGUAUGGCCCAGCCCAUCUCGGACUGGCUAUUUGGUAUCCCCGGCCCAUACGGCCCCGCCUUCCCGUCAACACAUCCUCGAUCGAAUCGAGUGAUCCGCGGCCCAAAAUAAGAAUCACCGAAGCCCCUCCACUCUUCCAUGUGUUUCGUGAUUUCCAUUCUUGCUGGAGUCCUCACAUCCCCGGUCAUCAUCUUCACGAAACGCGCCAUUCUAUCGUCCUUGACUCUUUCCCACAAUACCCGAAGCGACCUCUGUCUGCCUCUGCUGUUGUCAUCAGCAACGUGACCCCAUUCCCGGACGAAAAGGUCCUAUCAUCCCUCAAGACCAAACCAAUAGUUCUUGCCCUUCUCCAAGUAAGUAGGAACGGAGAUAGGGCCAGCAGCGGGAUGUGUCGGUCAAUGCAGUCUUUUCAAGCUGGGCUCCACUCCAACGCCGGGCUGCUCAAGUUCCUCAGCGCUACAUUCGUCAUCGCCCUGUUUCUUUACCCGGCUCGUCCAGUCGACGGCCGUGUCUACAAGCCACUGUUUCGAUACCUUUUUGGGCAGCUUCACCCAACUGCCCCGCUGCAUGUGUCUGGGCAGAAGAUGUCAAGGAAUUGCAUCCAAUUGGGCUGA